UGAAGGCUUUCACCUGUAUGGGAAUGGCUAGGGCUUUCAGGGAGGAGCGCCAUGGGUAGUGAGGGAGUGGUCGCGUAGCUACAGUGACUCCGGCGAGAUGUCCUUGAUCGCGCCGGUGUUGUCGUCGAUCAAUGCGGGGAUCUCCGAGUGCUGCGCCAGGCGGCGGGAAUGCCGCGGGGAAUGGAAGAUUUUCGGGGGAUACAGGGCUGGGAGAGUGAUCGGGCUUCACCAUUGCGGUGAUGCUUUCCAUGGAUUUCGAAGAAGAAUCGUCGUUGUGCAAGCGACAGCGCAAGAAUCGUCGCCAGAGGGCCGAGCUGAUGCCGAUGCUCGAUCCUAUCUUAGCAUGUGGAAGAAUGCCAAGGAGCGGUACGAGCGAGAGCAACUCCAGCAGCACGCGUCUACCGUCCAGCAGGAUCGUCAGCCGGAUCAAGAUAGGGAAAUCCAGUCGCAAAGAGAGAAGGAUUUUGCCAGGCUUCUAGAUGUGCCUCAGGAAGAGCGCGAUCGCGUUCAUCGGCUCCAGGUGAUAGACAGGGCCGCGGCGGCACUAGCGGCGGCGGAGGCUCUCUUGGCGAGCAGGCCGCAAGCUCCAUCGACGAUUGCGGAGAAGAAAUGGGAGGAGGCCGCUGCGCGGGGAUGGGAAGGAACGAAAAAGCUCGGAGAUUUGCCUCGUCGCUCUGUGGUUGCUUCCGCUGAGCCCGCGACGACUGUUGUGUCUCCAGGUCCAGAUUUUUGGACAUGGUCGCCGCCACCACCACCAUCGCCCGUGGAGGAUCCAUCGGAGAAAGCAGCAUUGUCACCCAAGACUUCUCAGUCGGAAACACAGGUUAGUAACUCUGUUCUUGAGAAGGAACGGGAAGCGCAGACCCUAGAACUUCCUUUCGAGACCGAGAACGCAAGGUCAGUGCUUCCGCUAGUGUUUCAAAGCAGAGCAGCGCCGUCACUUCCACCUCUACAAUCCUUGGUGGAGAUCAAAGAAAAUGUGGCGGCUACAAGAAAGAAACAGAUCACGGAAGUUCCCACUGCUGUUCUAGAGAGAGACAAGCUUGCCGACUCGGUGGUGCACCAAGAUCUCCAGACGAACAAAACUAAGUCUACGACGGGUGUUAAUCCAGACGGCUCCAGGUGGUGGAAAGAAACCGGAGAGGAGGAUCGAGGAAACGGCGUGGUUUGUAGCUGGAGCGUUACCAGAGGCGUGAGCAGCGAAGGUGUCGUGGAGUGGGAAGAAAAAUUCUGGGAGGCCUGUGACGACUUCGAUUACAAGGAGCUUGGAUCGGAGAAGUCUGGACGUGAUGCUUCUGGGAACGUUUGGCGAGAGUUUUGGAAAGAGACCAUAUGGCAGGACGCCAAGAGUGGACUGCUUCAUAUGGAAAAGAGCGCGGAGAAGUGGGGAAAGAACGGCACUGGAGCUCAGUGGGACGAGAAGUGGUGGGAGCAUUACGACGCUUCCGGGCGAGCGGAGAAGUGGGCCGACAAAUGGAGUGUGAUCGAUCCCAAUACACCUCUAGAACCGGGACACGGUCAUGUUUGGCACGAGAGGUGGGGGGAAGAGUUCGAUGGACAAGGUGGUGCGAUGAAAUACACAGAUAAAUGGGCCGAGCGAUCAGAAUUCGGUGGCUGGACAAAGUGGGGUGAUAAGUGGGACGAGCGCUUCGAUAAGAAUGGUAUCGGCAAGAAGCAAGGCGAGACUUGGUGGGCGGGCACCAAUGGUGACCGAUGGAACAGGACUUGGGGCGAGCAGCACAAUGGGACCGGCUGGGUGCGCAAGUAUGGAUCGAGCAGCAGUGGAGAGUUUUGGGACACGCACGAAGAACAGGAAACUUGGUACGAGAAGUUCCCGCAUUUUGGCUUCCAUCACUGCAUGGAGAACUCGCAAGAGCUCCACAAAGUGAGCAAGAAGAAGAAGAAGCGAUUGUAGCGAGCGAACGAUCGAAACAACACUCACCAGGUUUUAUUUUCAUGAAGAGCGUAAAUUCCAUGAAAACCAGCGUUAAACUCGGGACGAAGAUCGGUUUGCGGUUCGAUUCCCAUCUCCCUGCGCGUGCGAAUUUAAUAAGUACCGUCCGAUCUAACGGCUACUCCACUCAACGGCUAGCUAGGGUAGAAAAUAUUUCGCAAAUAUUUCCUUCCAUCGUCUUCUCGCUA